AUGCAUGAACUCCUGCUCUUCGCUUCCGUGCCAGCGAAGCAACAUCAUGAUUUGCUGCAACAGCUCUCCGGUCUUACUGCCAUGCAGCCGACCCGCACUUUCGAGCGACAUCUGAUUUUCAAAGCCUACAGGAAACCGGGCUUUAUAAAAACGCGCCCAGGUGGUAGCCAGGAUGUGCAAGCUCCCGAGGUCCAGAGGCUCAAUAAGCUUCUGAAUGGAGGAUUGUAUUAUACGCAGGUUGUGGGCAAUGUCCGGGAAAGGGACUUUGGCUCCGUACCUCCUCCUUCCUCUGUGUCGGCAUCUGCGUCUGCUUCACAGCCAAGAGCAGAUGAUAGUGCUCAGGCGCAAGAAGCAUCGUCACUGAUGAACGGAACUGCUCCCGCUACCGUAGAGGGCGGAUAUGUCGCGGCGGACCAGCAGUCAUGGAGAUUGGAAUUUAAGGAUACGCCGGAGGCUGGGCAACGACCUGCAGUUACUUCGCGGUUUGUGGGGAGUGCGAAACUCCCUUCUGGAAAUAUACUUGCUGAGAUGAAAGCUUGGGGGUUUGACUUCGUCUCUGAAUAUGUUCUUGAAGGCCAUACAUUUAUCCUUGAUGACACGGUAUUGCUGGUGCACCGGGUGCUCACCUUCCCACCCGGCAAUGCUGGGUGUGGCGGUGGUGGCAGCGAAGCAACAUCAACGCCAACCAGUUAUCUACCCCCUUUGGAUAAGAUGGUACCAUUGGACUCUAGCGGCGCGUAUGUUUUGCAAGCUUCUAUUACGGUUAAAGAGAGCGGCAACCCGGACAUGCUGAAGACUAACUCGCAGCGACUUCUGGGAUUGAAAGAGCGUUUGAAGUUUGUUGUGAAGCUGGAGCCUGCGGAUAGGCUUUCUCUUGAUACGAGGCUUAAUGCUGGCCCGGUUUUCCCUUACAUACGAUCAAUCAUGACAGGCACUAAGAGAAUAAUACCGGAUGGAGCUAUCUCCCCUCCCCCGUCGAAACGCACAGCUACAGGAGCGGUGACCAACAACAGGACUCUAUCCGACUUUUUCACGCCCUUGUCCCAAAAGAAGCCUGAUAUAACCACUUGGAGGAUAGUCAACAAUAGCUGUGUAGUGGGAAAAUACCACUCGGAACAGGCUGCAGAAGCUGUCAAAUCCGGAUCGAAACGAAGAGUUGCUGCCUUCGAUCUUGAUUCUACCCUGAUCGCAACAAAAUCUGGCAGACGGUUUGCAACAAAUGAGAAUGAUUGGAAAUGGUGGAACCCAAAUGUUCCUAAAAAGCUGAAGGAGCUGAAUGAUGAAGGGUACCUGGUCGUCGUUCUGUCGAAUCAAAAAGGCAUAAGCCUGAAGAAGGACCUUAAAGGUGGUAGGCUGGAGUCGAAGAGCUUGUCAAUAUUCAAGCAAAAGGUUGCGGCGGUUAUGCAAACUUUAAAUGUACCAUUUGCCGUUUACGCCGCGACGGAAAACGAUGAAUUCAGAAAGCCGCGCAUGGGGAUGUGGAGGGAGAUGGUCGAUGAUUACGAUCUCGACGUUUGUAAUUCCUUAGAUCUGAAACAUUCUAUUUUUGUUGGUGAUGCUGCUGGUCGUGAAGGCGACCAUUCCUGUGUGGAUCGUGAUUUUGCAUCAAACGUCGGAAUCCUUUUCAAGACUCCCGAAGAAUUUUUCUUGAACGAAGACCCCAAGCCGAUUAUAAGACAUUUUGAUCCCAAGGCCUACAUCGUUGGCACAUCGGAAGACAUACAUAUAUCAUUUGAGAAGAAAAAUGAUCCCGAACUUGUCAUAUUUUGUGGAAGUCCGGGGUCAGGGAAAUCGACGUUUUAUUGGAGAUACCUGGAGCCCCUUGGUUAUGAGCGAGUGAAUCAAGAUAUUCUAAAAAGCCGGUCAAACUGUCUCAAGGCCGCAAGAGAGCAUUUAAAAGUGGGAAAUUCGGUAGCUGUUGACAAUACAAAUGCGGAUUCGGAAACCCGUGCAUAUUGGAUCGAACUUGCGAAGGAAUUUUCAGUUCCUAUCCGGUGUAUCUAUCUAAACACUCCGCUGCAAAUCUGCAGGCACAACGAUGCUGUGCGUUCAGCCAACCCAAAGAUGGAGUCGCUAAAUCCUGAAUCCCGCACCGCUCUCCCGGGAAUAGCUUUUGGAGAUUUCAUGCGUCGAUUCCGUGAACCCACCCUCUCCGAAGGGUUUCAAGACAUUACUCAGGUCGAGUUCAAAUUCCAGGGGGAAUCUGCUGCCAAGGAGGUUUGGGGGCAGUUCUGGGUUUGA